CUUCGCUACUGAUGGCGGCCACACUCCCUGCAUCUCCUCACUCCAUCGGAGGCCUCCGCCGUUCCUUCACCGGAGUUCGCGCCACCUUCGCCUCCUCUGUAACUUCUCGCCGCUGCGAUUCUCAGCCACGUGUUCAAUUAUGCCUCAAGAAGGAAGGAAGAACACAAAAGAAACAGAAUUGGCAAUGUGCAUUUGCAUCGAAUACGAAUCCAAGCCCUUCUGAAGAAAGAACUCAGGGCCCUCCAUUGCUCACCAUUUUAGCAGAAAUGAACACUCGGAUAUUGGAAUGACUCCUAGUCGGAGGCUUGGCCGUUGCUUUCGUGGCUGCCUUUAUCAACCACUGGUGUGAAAUUGCGUCUUUCAUCGGAUGUUGCUGUAAUAACUGGCAGCCAGACAUCUGCGGUGGAGCUU